AUGGCAGACUCAGCAACAGCCUCAGCAGCAGCAUCGUCUUCGACGUCUAGUACCAUACAGACGAAGAACAGUCUCAAAGCGUAUCAUCAUCUUGCUUCCGGUGCUCUAUCUGGAUUAUCUUCGGCGAUUGUACUUCAGCCGCUGGAUCUGCUCAAGACGAGGUUACAGCAGGGUUUUGGGGAUGGUGAAGGUCAAGGUGUAAACAAGAGGCGACGUAUACGAGGUGUAGUACGGCAAGUUCUUCGAGAAGACGGUAUACAAGGUCUAUGGAGAGGAACCGUACCGACUUUAGUGCGGAAUGUCCCUGGCGUAGCUAUAUAUUUCUACACCCUCUCAUCGAUCCGUCAUAAAUUGUCAUCUAUACCAUAUUUCGCCGUCACCCUUCCAAUACCCACUAUCGCGCCUACCUCAUCAACAUCGUCAUCUCCUUCUUCUGCAUCCAAAUCGGCUAUAAUAAAACUAUCGUCUGGGGGGAAUUUGAUGGCUGGCGCGAUAGCGAGGACGUCAGUGGGUUUCAUACUGAGUCCGAUUACCGUUGUGAAAGCCAGGUUUGAGUCAAAUAGAUACGCAAAUUAUCAUUCUAUUCCCUCAGCCCUGGCUUCUCUGUACCGUACCAACGGUAUAAGAGGUUUCUUCCAGGGUUUCACCGCUACGGCCGUUCGAGAUGCACCUUAUGCUGGGUUGUAUUUGGUUUUCUAUGAGAAAGGGAAAGAUCUGUUGGGGAAGAUGACGGGUAUACCGAAUGCUGCUUUACAUUCUGGUUCAGGUGUGAUGGCUGCUGUACUGGCUACGUUGAUUACUUCCCCAGCUGAUGUAGUAAAAACAAGAAUGCAAGUGAAUCCAGUGGAUCAUCCAACAUUACGCAAAGCAGUUGUCAAAGUGUUACAGGAUCGAGGUCCAUUAGGGUUAUUUUCCGGAACGUCUUUGAGGAUAUCUAGGAAAGCAGCUUCAGCAGCUAUAGGAUGGACGGUUUACGAAGCUUUAUUGAUAUUCUUGAGGGAUAGAGAGGGGAAUGAUAACCCUCAGAAUCAGUUAAACAAAUUGUCGUAA